AGCAGACACAGGCGCGUCGCCGCCGCCGCCGCCGCCGCCGUCGUAGCCCUCCGCUUCCCGGGCUGGAAACGUUGGCGAUCGAGCUGCUGCCUCCGGCUCUGCGCCGCCCGCCGCCCCUCCAGCAGUCCCGCGGCUUUCGAGGGAGCGCUGCGGGGACUCCGGGCCGCCGGGGAGACCUGUGACCCCGCGCCGGAGCGGCGGGGCGGGGGACCGGGAGAAGAUGGCGACGCCGGGAAGCGAACCCCAAGCUUUCGCGCCCGCUCUCUCGGUAACCGCCCUGCACCCGCAUCUCCACCAGCACCACCAGCACCACGGAGGCACGGGCGGCGCGGGCUUCCACCUGCCCUUGAACCGUGGGUUGGAGCGCGCGCUGGAGGAGGCGGCCAACUCGGGGGGCUUGAACCUGAGCGCCAGGAAGCUGAAGGAGUUUCCGAGGACUGCGGCCCCGGGACAUGACCUCUCGGAUACGGUUCAGGCAGAUCUAUCUAAAAACAGACUGGUGGAAGUGCCAAUGGAGCUGUGCCAAUUCGUAUCACUGGAAAUUCUUAACCUGUAUCACAACUGUAUCAGAGUCAUCCCCGAGGCCAUUGUUAAUCUGCAGAUGUUGACCCACCUAAACUUGAGUCGAAAUCAGCUGUCUGCCCUGCCCGCCUGCCUGUGUGGUCUGCCUCUCAAAGUCUUAAUCGCAAGUAACAACAAGCUUGGAUCACUGCCUGAAGAGAUAGGUCAGCUCAAACAGUUAAUGGAGUUGGAUGUGAGCUGCAACGAGAUCACAGCCUUGCCCCAGCAGAUAGGCCAGCUGAAGUCUCUCCGGGAACUGAACGUCCGAAGAAAUUACCUUAAGGUUUUACCACCAGAGCUAGUAGAUCUCCCCUUGGUGAAGUUUGACUUUUCCUGCAACCGGGUGCUGGUCAUCCCCAUCUGCUUCAGGGAGAUGAAGCAGCUGCAGGUGCUCCUGCUUGAGAACAACCCUCUGCAGUCCCCUCCGGCGCAGAUUUGCACGAAAGGAAAAGUCCACAUAUUUAAGUAUCUGAGCAUACAAGCAUGCCAGAUUAAGACAACCGACUCCCUUUACCUCCCCACCAUGGAGAGGCCCCAUUUACACCAGCAUGUGGAAGACAGUAAGAAGGACUCUGACUCGGGGGUUGGAAGUGACAACGGAGAUAAGCGGUUGUCUGCCACUGAGCCAUCUGAUGAGGACACGGUGAGCCUCAAUGUGCCCAUGUCAAACAUCGUGGAGGAAGACCAGACCAUCAAGGAGGAUGCGUGCCAUCGGCUCACCCCAGCUAAAGGAGAUUUUCAGUCGAAGCCUUCCCUUUUGGGUGACAGUGGCAGCUCAGGACAAGAAAGAGAGCAGUUUGCUGGACACACAGAUGUUCUACACCCUGGACUUACGAACUGUAUCAAGGACCAGGCAGAUGACUGUGAAGAGCUGUUGCGGAUAGAAGAGGAUGCUCACUGGCAGAUGGAGGAACUACUAAAUUCCUCCAAAGACCAGGAUUUGGAUAUAGCGAUGAUUGAGCAGCUGAGAGAGGCAGAAAACUUGCUUCAGGAUCCCAACGGUCUAAGCACAGACAUUACAGAGAGAAGUAUUUUGAACCUGUACCCUGUGGGCUCAGCAGAAGCCUUAGCAUUCCCUGGUCCUUCACUCAAUGGUCAGCUGCAGCUGGAGACUUCUCCGGAACGUGAGGUGCAGAAUGAUACAACGUUACAGAGUAAUGGAAGCCAGUAUUCACCCAGUGAGAUAAGAGAGAACUCCCCUUUGGUGUCUCCUACAGCAAACAUCACAGCUCCAUUUGGCCUGAAGCCUCGUUCAGGAAUGGGCAGCUUGCCUUCUUUUGAAUCACAGCAGAGAAAAGUGGCAAAGGGAACAUGUUCCUGGUGCCCUGAUGAGGUAAAGGGCAGACUGAAGGCAGAGUCCUCCCCAAGACGACCCCAGUUGCUUUCCAAGCAUGACCCAGCCCUCAUUCUCCCUCCUAUCUCCUUCAACAAACUUACACAGGCACAAACAUGGGACAACUCUAGCUACAGUGUUCCAUCCGAAGGAGACAGUGACAAUGUGUUUCUAAGACCUCAGAGAAACUUGGAAUCUAUAGAUCCACAGUUUACGAUUCGGAGGAAGAUGGAGCAGAUGAGAGAAGAGAAGGAGCUGGUGGAGCAGCUCCGAGAGAGCAUCGAGAUGAGGCUGAAGGUGACCCUACAUGAAGACCUGGGGGCGGCACUUAUGGAUGGUGUCGUGCUCUGCCACCUGGCCAACCACGUCCGACCGCGAUCUGUCGCCAGCAUCCACGUCCCCUCACCGGCCGUUCCCAAACUCAGCAUGGCCAAGUGCCGGAGGAAUGUGGAAAACUUCUUGGAAGCAUGCAGAAAACUCGGCGUUCCCGAGGAAAAGCUCUGUCUGCCUCAUCACAUCCUUGAAGAAAAAGGCCUGGUCAAGGUGGGCAUGACUGUUCAAGCGCUGUUGGACGUCACCGUCACCAAAGCUCUAUUCACAUGAGACCAAGCCCUUUCCUCUGGGUGGGCUCAGACUCUUCCCAGAGCAGGGACUCUGGGCUCUGCUCCUGGCACCUGUACCUGCUCCCAACUCACCACCCUGCCAGGUCCCCGAGGAGCUGCAUUGACGCGGUUUCAGCCUAAGGGAGGAUUCAGGACCUUUUAGAGUUGGCCUGCAGGUUUCAGGUUGGUCAGGUGUUACCUGACAGCGGGUAAGGGAGCUAGCGGAGAACUGAGUUAGCACAUCAUUGCCUUUCAAUCCCCUUCAUCCCUUCCACACUCACCAACCGCCAUUACCAAAUGCCAAGCACAACCGUUCCACAGUGAGUCGCGUCUGUUUCAUCAAAACCAAACUCCUUGCAGAACCAGUGGGGGAGGGGGAUGCAAUCAGGUUUAUUUUUUGCCACCAAAAUUUUUCAAGAUGUUUCUUGAGACCAUUGCCUUUCUGAAAAACUAUUUUCAGCAUACAAAAAAUAUUUAUAUAAAUAUUAUUUAUUAGCGAGUCAUUAUUCAUCCUUUGGAUGCAAAUUGUAAAUUAGGAAACUAUUUUAUUACUGCUUUUUUGUGGUUAAACAAUUUAUUUUAAUAUUAUAAAUACUGAGUUAUUUUUGAGCCUCUUUGGCAUGUAGGAGUUCCAGGUCUCGGUGUGCAUUCUGUGGUGUAUAUGAUUCAAGAAAGAAACAUUAAGCAGGAAACGCGUGCUUCUGUGACAGAGAGAGCUGUUUUCUGGGAGGUGUUAUCCACCUUUUGGUUUGUGGAACAUCAUUCUUAUUUAUAUUUCUGCAUUCCAUCCAGUUUCCUACAUUCCAGCAGCCCUCUUGUCCCCCAAUAUAAUAAACUGACUGAAAUCAAGAGAGCACCCCAAAGUUAUUUGUAAAUAGUUAUGUGGAAAAAAAAGACAUAUUAAACUUGAAGAUAAAAUGUGAAGUUUUUUUUUUUUUUCGGAUUCAUGUUUCUUUUGCUAUGCACAAAACAUUCACAUUUUAACACAGAGAAGUGGGAAGUGUUCAGUAUAAGUCUUGAAGUAUAAUUUUUGCACUGUAACUGAGGCGCAUCUAGCACCAGAGGUCUAUGUUGAAGAAACGGAUGAGAAAAUGGAGCUGGUUGAAGUUGACCGUCAAGCUACAAGGGCCGUAAGAACUCAAGUCAGGAAAACAAGCACAGAUGUACAACCGCCGGCUUUCUAAGAGCCAGAGAUGCCAAAAUGUAGACAUACUCGUUUUUAUUAUAAUCGAGCUGGUGCUUUUUUUAAGAGUCCAGACUUGGAAGGUUCAUAGUGUCCCAUAGGAAACUUGGGAAGUGUGCAGCUCGAAGGGCCUCUGGUGGGCAGCUACAUGUACAGCAAACAGGCUGAGAGAGGGUUAAGUAAGUGGAGUGUGUGAGCAGCUAGUGGGGAGCAAGGGCAAGCACAGUAGGACUAUCGGGGAGCCGGCCCUAGAGAGGAGCACACCCUAUCCUGUCAAUGGGUGAGCUUCCUUUCCAGGAAGGCUUCACAGGACUGUGCAGGGCAGUCACACCUGUACACACUCACCCUGUAGGUGUGGAUGGUUAACCCCCGUUGUUGUUCAUCUAUGGAAAGCUUGUGAAUGCCGACUGCACUUUGACCCCUGUGCAAAUCCAUGAGCGGUUUUUAGAGCAACAGUAGCAACAAUGGGGGACCAUCAAGGUGGACCACAAAGACCACAAGAGGGAUGAGUGUGGUCAACACAGACCGACGCUGCCUCAGGGCAGAGUGGACAGGUUCUGAGUGUGGGAAUUCAGACUGGCAGCUAGUGAUACUUUCUAUCAUAGGGACUGUGCACUUUAACAUAAAUAUAUUUGAAUAUUUUUCUGUACUGCACAAAUGCCUGUUUUGUCAAAUGGCGUAGCAAUGUAAAGACGAGAGGAUUUUUAAACAGAGUAUAUUCAGCUGAAGCAGAGGUCAGAGGUUAUCUACACAAGGACUUAGAAUGAUGUUCUAGAAUGUUGUACCCUCAGGGCAUUGCACCCCAGGGCCCUUAAAUAUAUUUUUACAUGUAUCUUUGACAACAUGAAGCUUAGUAACCAUUAUUUUUGGAUAUUUUUUCAAAAUUAAAAUAUUUCUUUUGAUAUUAAUUUCCAGUAUUUUCAUGAAAUUGGCUGUAUCAUACAAAUGGCUUCAAUAUUUUGUAAAAUGUUUUUUAUGCAGAUAUUAUAUGGAUAAGAUGUCUUCAUUAUCCCUGUACACUAUGUCUAUAAGUGCAAUGAAAUGUGCAUGGCUGGCUGAUAGUAUGAUAAGUAGACAGAAUGUAUAUAGUACAAACCCUUUUAUUAUUUAACAGCCAUUAAAAUUUUAAACUUGUAUCAACCA